AUUAGCAUACCCGAACGCUUUAGCUGGCCGGCUAAUCGAUUAAUUCUGUAGAUUCUAUCAGUGAUUUAUUCCUCUCGGUCGGAUGGCUUUCUACUGACUCAUGAAUCUAAUUAAUAGUAACUGUAAGCGCGGGCUUUAUCGGUUGCGUGAUCUUGCUCCCCCGAGGAUACUCCAGCAACAUUCCAUGCAGCCACGCGACAUCUACGAGCUGACGUGUUUAUCAACCCAAGGAUUUGCCAGUCAUCGAAAGUGUUGAGUGACUUCUUUGCUAAUAGCCACUCUUCUUAAACGUUCCCUCUCGCUUGCAAGCUCGGCGACUUAUAAAUACUCACCUGGGACUUAGAUCGUCGCCCGGCAGUUAUGCAAGUGUAUCUAUUUCUUGCUGUUCAGCGGACAGUACGUUUCUGUAUAAUUGAUGACUAUGAGAUUAUCGGUGAAAGUCGGCGAAUUGCGAAAAAAUGAAAAUUAUGCUGAGUUAGGGAAAAAUGUUGGUUUGAGUUGAAACGGGAAAUGUUCUUGUACCGAUCCAAGAUACCCUUGAGGGUUGCGGGAAUUGCUAAUAUCCGUUACCCUCUGUGCAGUGAUAGACAUUUCAAUGCCAUCUGUUAGAGAGACCACGUAUAACAUUGAUUUUGUCACAUUUACCUACCCUAAUCUAAACUGAGGCCAUAUUGCAUUAAAUGUAGAACGCUAUAGAAUGGCUAUAGUCCCCGGUAGCGUAGAGAUUAUACGUUCGAAGUACAAUGUUUAUACUUAACGCGCCUUAUUGUCUACAUUGCAUAUCAAUUUAAAGUGUUCUUGAAUCUCAGCGUGUUCCGAUUGGGCCUUGCGAACGCAGAAACUCAAGGAAACACGUACGUAGCUCGCAGAUCACGUUUCUUUAUAUAAUCAGAAUUCCAACAAUGUUUGAAUGGAGCUAUGACGGUGUCAAUGCUUCCAUACCACGUAACUCGGGCCCAGAAUGUGCAUAUUAUAUGACACCAGAGCACAGGAUAAUUGAAACAUCGUUUGUGUCUAUAUUGAUAGUAAGCCUUCUUGUGUGGGGUUACAAACGUCUGAAAUUACCCAGUGAAGUGUCAUACGCAGACCAUGACCGAGUUGGCAAACGAUUAUUGUUGAUAAUGAUGUCCCUAAUAUUAGGGAUGGAAAUCGGUUUCAAAUUAACCAGCAGAACUGUUGUAUAUUUGUUUAAUCCUUGUCACAUAACAACAGCAGUACAGCUAUAUUUGUUGGCAUCUGCUCCUAGCCCAACUGUCACAAAGCUUUUCAGGAUACACUUAAACUUUAUGAAUGGACCACUGUUAGCUUACUUGUUUCCAGAGACAGAAUCUAGGAAAAUAUUUGCUGAUAAAGCAUUGUACUACUUGCAGCAUGGCUUGAUGGUAGUAAUACCAUAUUAUUUGCUAAGGCUUGGAGGUGUUUACAAUGUUGAGCCUUUGUCUGAUAUGAGCUGGGUGGUUUUUAGUUAUGGUUUAAAUUUAGUGUAUCAUUUCUGGAUUCUUCAGGCUCUUUCUUGGCCCAUACAAGUGAAUUUGAGCCAUAUGCUGUGUCCAGCAGUAUUAGAUCCCUUUGAAGGGCAGUAUUAUCGUUUAUGGACAGUGGUUCAUCAAGGACUAUUAUGUCCUUUACUAUGUAAGCUAUUUUGCUAUACAUCCAAUUUCUUUUUAACUAAAUUUCCACCAACGAAAGUAAAAUCAAGUCUUGAAUACCCACUUCCAAAAAAAAGAAACAAGUACGAAGAAAACAGAAAAUUAUGUGAAAGUACCUCAAGUACCUCAGGUAAUGGACAUACACACGUGAACUAGUUCACUUUGCGCCGAUACAUAGCAACGUGACCACCGCGAACAUUUUACUACAAUGAAGUGAGUACUUAAAAUUCAAAAGAAUGAGAUCUGUUUAUAUAUUAGUAAUUAUGUAAACACAAGUUACUUUGUGUUUGUAUGAGUGUCUAUAAACUGUGUAAUUACUGCCUGUAAAAGAUACAGGAUCUUUUUCUGAAACGAACGUAUUUGUAAUUCUUUUUCAGAUGUGUUAGAUAAGCAUAUUGCAAGAAAAAUAAUAUCUAGUCAUUUAUAAAUUGAAAAGAAUUGCAUAACAACUUUUAAUUAGGUAUUAUAACCGGGUGGUAAUACGUUAAACCGCAUAAGGUUUCAUCUUAUGAAACAUUGAUAGUCUCGAUAUAU